UUGAAUCUCUCUGGAGGAGUCGACUCAGCGAUGCUUCGGUCUGUGUUUGUCUUCGCGUUGUCAGCCAUAUUAGCGUCCUCCUCCAUCUCGACCACCGCUAACUUCAGGACGUGAAUGCGUCAGGCCUUCUGUAGGGACGAAGAGGCUAAACGUUUUCGAUCUGUUGGAAAGAACGGUAUCAUAUCCACACAAUGGAGGCCGUCAAGGUGUUUAACAGCGAGCUGUACUCACUGAAUGAAUACAAGCCACCGAUCUCCAAAGCAAAGAUGACCCAGAUUACAAAAUCAGCAAUUAAAGCUAUAAAGUUCUACAAACAUGUCGUCCAAAGUGUUGAGAAAUUCGUUCAAAAGUGCAAGCCUGAAUACAAAGUCCCCGGUCUGUACGUCAUCGACUCCAUUGUACGGCAGUCUCGUCACCAGUUUGGGCAAGAGAAAGAUGUUUUCGCUCCACGCUUUAGUAAGAACAUCAUUACCACGUUUCAAAACCUCUACCGCUGCCCAGCCGAUGACAAGAGUAAGAUUGUCCGAGUACUAAAUCUAUGGCAGAAAAACAGUGUCUUCAAGAGUGACAUCAUCCAGCCUCUACUGGAUAUGGCAGCAGGGCUCCCACCCCCCAGUGUUACGCCCGUCUCUGCCAGCAGUGCCGUACCCGUCAACAGCACUACUCCUGGAACUCCAGCAACUCCUGCCACCCCAGCCAACAUAGUGCAGAGUCUCCCAGACUGGGCGUCUCAAAUCUCCAACACAGACACAGUGGCUGCGGUCGCCCAGAUCUUACAGAGUCCCCAGGGCCAGCAGUUGCAGCAGCUGGUUCAGAGCCUCCAGAUGCAGCAGCAGAAACCUCAGCCCUCUCUGCUGCAGGCACUGGAUGCAGGUUUGGUGGUGCAGCUGCAGGCCCUGACUGCGCAGCUCACUGCAGCCGCAGCAGCCAACACGCUCAACCCGCUGGAACAGAGAGUUUCCUCCUUUAACAAGAAGCUGUUGGGUCAGUUUGAUUUUGGGAAUGAGUCGGAACACAGCGAGGAUUCUAAGAAAGAUGCUACAUCUCAGUUACCUGUGGUGCCAGAGUCCAUCAAUAGCUCAAUAUUUCAUCAGCUGGCUGAGCAUCUUCAGCAGCAAAACCUCGAGCAGUUUCAGAAGCAGCUAAUGGAGCACCAGCAGCAUCAACAGAAGGGCCAGGAUGCCAUCUUUGGUCCUGAAAAUUCAGCCCCUCCUGGCCAGAGCAGCGCCCCACCACAGCUCCCAGAACAAGAAGCAAAAAUGGAGGACUCCAUUGAUAACCAGCAACAGGACAUGGAUAUUGAUGAGGGACAGGAUACUGUAGAUGAGGAGGUCUUUGAGGCUGAGGAGAAGAAAACCAGCAGCACCCGUUCAAGGACACGUUCAAGAUCUCGGUCCAGGUCACCAAAGAGAAGGAGGUCAAGGUCUCGCUCAGGGUCUCGAAAGCGCAAACACAGGAAGAGAUCACGGUCUCGCUCAAGGGACAGAAAGAGGAAGUCCUCACGUUCUUAUUCCAGUGAGCGACGAGCACGGGAAAGAGAAAAGGAACGGCAGAAAAAAGGACUUCCUCCUAUCCGCUCAAGGGUUCUAAGUGGUAAGAUUACAGAGGUCCACCUGUGCUUUCUGAAUUCAAUUGCUUGGGCCCUCAAUAAAGGGGUGAAACAGGAGUAUAAGCAGUUCUGGGAUGUGGACCUAGGGGUGACUUGUAUCCCAUGGGAGAAGGUCAAACUGGAUGAUCUGGAUGACUUUGCAGAGGGAGGCAUGAUUGACCAGGAGACCGUCAACAAUGAAUGGGAAUCCCAGAGAAAUACAGAGACAGCCAAAGAGACUCAGAAUCAGGCUGUUACAGCUGAAACCAGUACAGCAAGCAGCACACCCAGUGAGGCCUUUACCCAGCUUGUCACUAUGAUGCCCAUGCAGAUUCCAGUGGCACAGACGGUCCCUGCUGUUGGCCUUGUGCCUCCAUCCUUCCCUGUCAACAUGGCAAUGCCCCCACCAGGCUUUGGUCCCCCACCACCUUUUCUAAGGGCAGGGUUUAAUGUCUCACAGCCUCCUCCAGGUUUCAUGGCCACGCCAGGAGUAGGACCGUCUGCAGUUGGAACCAGUCUUGCUUCAGCUCAGACCUCUCUAGUGCAGCCUUCGUUGCCAGCCACUCAAGAGAACAGCAAGGAUUCUCCGUUUGGAGCCAUGAUUCCUCCCACCAGUACUAUUCCUGGGAGUUUUAUUCCGUCAGCAAUGCCCGGGGCAGUAGUCUUUAACCCUGUGGGAGCACAGCAUCAGCAGAGCAGCGCUGACAAAAUGCCUCAGUCGGCAGAAACGAUGGAGACAGCUUCUGAGAUGACACUACAGGGAAUGCAAAAUGCAAUGCGCAGUGGAAUGGGUCUCCUCGGUAUGCACCCUUCUGCAUCUCUAACACAUCCUCUCUCUGGCCAGAGGAUGGCAGGGCUGCUUCCCCUGGAACUGCGGCCCAACCUGCUCCAGGGACCCGGAGGCCGGUUCCCCCUGCUCAUGCAGCCAGGCCUUGCACAUCAGACCAACAAUGUCCUGGAUGCUUCACUUCAAACCCAUGCCCGCGUUCGGAUUCCAUUCUCUCAAAUGGAGCAGUUCAACCGUGCUGAAGGCACUUUCGCAAGAGCACCUAACCCUUCGUCUGCUGGAGUUGACAGUCUGGUCAAGACUGAUAAUGAAACACCACGCAGGUCAGAUGUAGGUGCCCAACAAGAAGGAGAUCAGGACUAUCGCUUUCCACCACCAGAGAAGCAGAGCACGGGGUUGUUGAAGACGCCUCCUUUGGAGAUGCGUACUGAGCCUGUGCCUGCCAGACCACCUUUACUAGAACGACCUCCGAGAACAGUCUUGCAAGCCGAAGGUCGAGAAACUAGAAGAGAAAAUAUGUCCGGAGGUUUCAGGGCAGAAAGCCGCUGGGGACCACCCAGGGGGGACUUUGAUGAGCGAGACACAAGGGGGAUGUCUGGUGGACCUCCAAAGGGUUUCCAGGAGGAUCGUUCCAACCCUAACUUUCAGAAUCGAUUUGAGGGCCGCAGUGGAAGUUCAUCAGGACCCGCUUGGAAUCGCGGAACUGGGCCUUCGUUUAAUGCCAACAUGCACCAGGACUACGAUGAUCGUCGCAGACCUUGGGAAAGGCAGAAUGACCGAGAUGACAGGGACAUGGACUUCCGGUGCGAAAUGAACGGCAAUCGUCAUAGCCGUGAGCGAGACAGAGACCGCGAAAGGGAGAGGGACAGGAAUCGGGACCGUGAACGCGGCAGAGAGCGGAAUCGCGAGAGAGACCGAGAACGGGAGCGAGAGAGGGAGAAUGAGAAGGACAAAGAGCGCUGGACACCCCUUUCUUCACAAUCUCAGCCCCAACCGCUGCUUCCCAAGUCUCAGCCGCUGCUCCCUCUGCCGACCCCAUUGGUCGCUCAGCCUCAAGAACAAGUGCAAAUGAAGUCACCGUCUCUGCCGGUGCCCCAACGCCAGCCUCAUCCGGAACCACAGCCAACAGAACCAGAUGCUGAACCACAACCAGAGGUAACACCAGAGCUACAGUCCAAGACACUCAGCCCCCCUGAAGAGACGGCAAGUAGUCAAGAGCAGGAGGGAGCGUCACGUGUCAAUGGAACCGAGACGGAUUCAAAACCUCAGCUAAACAUUUUGGAACCUGUGUCCCAGAGCGCUACAGAGCCAUCUCGUAGCCCCUCUCCAUCCCUUCCCUCCACACCCACCUGCUUCCGGAAUGAGCCCUUGAAAGGAGAGAAGACCCCAGAAAUGUCUGUUUCCUCCUCUGUGGAUGCAGACACUGAACAGACUGGGCCAAAGGUGAACGCUGAGACUGAACCUGAGCUAGAGAAAACAGACACUGAGGAAACAAUCAUCACUCAGUAGGUAAAGAUCAUUUUGUAUAGUCAUCUCUGUAAUCGUUUUGAAAGAUCUCACAGGACCCACUCAGUUCGCUAGAUCAUAGCAGACACCUUAACGAAUGAUUCUUGCCUCUCAAGCUUCAAAUGUAUAUUGCAUUCUAGGCGGCUCACACUAGAGGAUCUAAAUGGUAGGUGGGAUUUUAAUAUUUUAUUUUAUUCCCUGUUUUUAAAGCAGCCCCAUUGUUUUAACUAGGUGUUUUUUUUUUCUUUUUUGACACUUGCUUGCCAAAAUAUUGUGUAGCCUAAUUGUAAAUGCAGGAGGAAAAGAGGGUUGACCUUCCUAUGGAAGAGUGUAAGGAUUCUAGCUGUCUCCUUUGGAUUGAUUGCAUUACUUGAAAUCAGCACUGGCUUUUUCUUUUCAAAACUGAAGCUGCAAAAUUUGAAAUGAUUGAUUCUGUGGUAUCCAGUGCUUCCUGUCUCUAAAGCAGAAUAUACGUACAUCAAAUACAGUGAGAACAGUACUGCGUUUUAGUUGCUUUGAAAAGGAACUUUACAAAAAAAAUUAAUUAAACUACGAUGUAUUAUCCCAAUAUUAAAUGUCUGUGAUUUUUCUUCAUCAAACUUCCAUGGAAAUACAAGAGCUCAGAAAAGACGAUCAAAGGAAAUAUGGAUGUUGGGUUUCAAAUAAACAUGCUCUGAUUGUUAAAAAA